AUGGAAGGCCUCGACAUUAUUCAGCAAUGGUAUUGGCAGCGAAUCCUGCAAGCUACGCAAUACUGUCUCCAUGAUAAUGUUGACGCAGGACUCGAGAUCCUCCUUCAACUACAAUCCCAGCCUGAUUUGUCCAAAGUCCUCAGAAUCAUGGUCAACCAGUCAAUCAUUCGCGAGACUGACCAGGCGUUGCAGCGAGAGCGCCACGACUUACUACGUAAGGCUGAUGAAUUGAUUCUGGAUGUGGUCGAAGAGCUGGGCGAAGGACAUGAUCUCUCGAUACAUGUGAAGAACCAACAAGCGCUUGCCAAGGCACAGAUCGAAGGAGACGAGGGAAAGCCGGUUACCCAUUCGCGUCAUAUACGGAUCCAAGUUGUGCCCGCCGGAGACGCUAUUGACGAGUCCGAAGGCGAGCAUGAGGAGGUUGAUGAUGCAUGGGAAACGGUCGACGAAGAUGGCGACGACGAGGAGGACGAAGCUGAUGAACGCGCAAGUCAGUCAGGGAAAGCCAUUGAUGCAGUUAUGGGCGCAGCUGCAGUUGCUGAUGACGCAGCUUCAAGCAGCGGAGAUGUCCAGAUGACAAACGUCCCUCACCCCCUGGUUGCGGCCGUGCAAGAUCAACGCACCGUUCGCGAGGCCAGCGUCUUCAGCGAAAUGUCCUUGCCACCCCUACCGCCGCAGGUCAAGAAAAUCGCUAGCAAGCAAUAUCCAACACCUCAGCCAUCGUCUGAUCCCGCGAAGCACGACAAUCUUGACGAGAACAUCUCCUGA